AUGAAUCGGACUUUGUUCUUAUAUUUGAUGCAUUAUAUUGCAUGUACCCCUUUUAGUACCCCUCUGGAAACUAUUGAGCUAGUCGCCAUCUUGGAAACUGGAAAAGUUGUAGAAAGUUAUCAGCUAACAACAUUCAGAGAUCGACCGAGGAUCUCUAGGGAAAAGCCAACACUCAACAAGAAAGAACAAAACAACAGAGGGGCUCUGUUGGGAGAUAUUGCCAAGGGAGCAAGACUGAAGAAAGUACAGACCAAUGACAGAAGUGCACCAAUUGUAGAUGCAAAAACUAGUUCACCUCCAGGACGUGGUGGAGGUGGUGCUGACCCACCCUCAGGCGGAGGGGGAGGGGGUCCUAUUGGUUUAGGGGGGCUGUUUGCUGGAGGAAUGCCUAAACUCCGCCCUGCAGGUCAGAGAGGAGCAGGCGUUGGUGGUGGUGCUCCAGCAAUGAAACCCCCGGGCAAACCUGCUAGCAAUGGCUACUCUGCAAACAAACCUUCUGGGGGGGCUCCGCCUCCACCCCCCUCAAGCAAUGCAAAACCUACAAACUUUGGUGCUCCUAAGCCAGCAUGGGGCAAUAAUAAUAAUAACAAAGACACUAUAAGUAGUGGUAGUAAUGAUAACUCCAGGACUAGGCCUCAGUUUGGGGGUGCACCCCCACCACCCCCGAGUGCAAAUAAUAAACCAAAUUUUGGUGGUGCUCCCCCUGUGCCUAAGGCUACCAAUAAACCUAAGUAUGGUGGUGAUGCCCCUAAGCCUAAUAGUAAUGGAAGGAACUUUGGAGGUGCCCCACCCCCUCCUUUACAAAAUUCUAAACCAUCAAGUGCUCAACCACAUAUUAAUAGACGCAGUAUAGAUAGUGACCCUAGCAAUAGUCGCCCUAGGUCAGGGAACUCUCUGCCCAAAAGUGGCGCAGUUGCUAGUAGAUUAGGACAAUUUAACCAAGCUCCAUCAUUGCCAGAUAAACCACCAAGUGGAGGGGGUAGUAAACCACCUCCACCCCCUGUCAACAAACCAACAGAUGAUAAGCCAAGACAAGCCAAACCACCCCCGCCACCUAGUCGACCACCUAGCGGGAUUCACAACGGGCCAGUGUCACCAGGAAGGCAGCCUCCUGCAGAUGUACAGAAACGACCACUUCCUGCAGUUCCCCCAGCAUCAUCCCCAGCCCAUGCAGCUAAACCACCCCCUCCCCCUGUCAGAAAUACUGGUGGUCCUCCACCCCCUCCAACACGGGGUCCACCAUCCCGACCUCUCCCAGCCAGGCCCUCUGGGCCCCCCAGUAACAGACCCCCUCCUCCCCCUAGAUCGGCUGCUGGGUCAGCCUUACCCCCACCCCCUCCCCCACAUCAAUUUAAUUCACAACCUCCUCCCCCACCCCCCAGUCGAAAUUCUCUCCCACCCCCACCCCCUCCUAACAGGCAAUCAGGGUCAUAUGGGUCACCUGGUAGGACAAAUCAACCAAAAGAUUUUGAAUCGAAUUUCACUUUCCGUGGAGUUGAAGACUUCCCCUCCCCUCUUCCCUUUCAAACUUACCCUAAGUCUUACCCUAGCAAGAACCCCAAGAACCAAGGUAAUCAAAGGCAGAGACAGGCCCCGCCACCUCCCCCUGCGCGAUAGAGCUAGUCAUAACAACCUAGGGAUCAAGCCUCUAGCAGUGUACGGGAUAUGUC